UCCGCUAACUGCAGAAGCUAGUACCUUGCACUCAGCUGCAGUGCCUCUUACAAAACAAAAACAAAACACUUCAAACCUAGCUGUGUGAAGACUGCAAGGAAGAGGAUGUCAGACUCAGACAGUGACGAGGACCAAGAUCGUCCUUUUUCUAUUACCGGCUUCCUCUUUGGAAAUAUCAAUGAAGAUGGACAGUUGGAAGAUGACAGUGUUUUGGACAAUGAGUCCAAAAAGCAUCUAGCUGGUUUGGGCACUCUUGGCCUUGGUUCACUCAUUACAGAAAUCACAGCAAAUGAUGAUGAGGACCAAGAGGAAAACAGAGACUCUGGUGGUGUGGAUUCAGAAGGUUGGGUGAAAAGCACUGAAGAUGCAGUUGAUUAUUCUGACAUCAGUGAAGUUGCAGAGGAUGAGACGAAGAAGUAUCGUCAGGCCAUGGGGUCUCUGCAGCCUAAUAGGAAAACAGAUGAUGAAGAUGACUAUGACGCAGACUGUGAGGAUAUUGAUUCCAAGCUGAUGCCACCUCCUCCACCACCAAGUCUUCCUACAGCUGCUAAAAAAGAAGAACCCUCUCCGAGCACGAGUGUUGGGGAGGAGGGUGAUGGCAUCAUCUUGCCGUCCAUCAUCGCACCAUCCUCUACAGGUGAUAAGGUUGACUUCAGCAGCUCUUCAGACUCGGAGUCAGAAACUGACCGUCCCUGUCAGGGCUCAGGUGCUGGUGGUGCCCCGGACAGGCUCAACCUUCCUCUUGCUGGCAUUAUGCAGAAAGACGCUGCCAAAGCUCUACCGAGUGUGACUGAACUGUUUCCAGAGUUUAGGCCUGGAAAGGUGCUUCGGUUCUUACGGCUGUUUGGUCCAGGAAAAAACAUGCCAUCUGUUUGGAGAAGUGCCCGCAGGAAGAAAAAGCGGAAACACCGAGACCCUCAACCUGGGACACCUCCACCUGAAGGAGAGUGCACAGAACAAGGCCCAGAGAAGAAAUCAGGUUGGGUUUAUGAAUAUGCACCACCUCCACCCCCAGAGCAAUGUCUCUCUGAUGAUGAGAUAACCAUGAUGGCUCCAGUAGAAUCAAAGUUUUCACAGACCUGUGGUGAUGGAGACAAGGAGACAGAGUCUCGACCUAAAGUUGCAGAGUGGAGAUAUGGUCCAGCCCAGCUUUGGUAUGACAUGUUAGGCGUCCCUGAGGAUGGAAGCAAUUUUAACUAUGGCUUAAAACUGAAAGAAGAGAAUUCCAGCGAACCCCAGAAGCAAGAUGCCCCAAAAGAAACAACAGAGACUGCUCUUGUGAGGCUGGAUGAAGAAAGUGAAACUAAUGAUGGUGGUGAUGAGGACAAAGUAGCACUGGAGAACGAACUCUUCCUGAUGGUCACUCAGCUGCAGUGGGAGGAUGACAUUAUUUGGAAUGGAGAGGAUGUAAAACACAAAGGCACCAAGACUCAGAGAGCUAGUCUGGCUGGAUGGCUUCCCUCUAGCAUGACCCGCAACGCCAACGCUUACAACGCACAGCAAGGUCUGACUAGAUCUAAUUCCCAGUUGGUGCCACCCACACCUCCACCCAUGCCAAAAGCUUCCUCAAUCUCUGGGUCCAAGCGUGAAAAAAACAUCCAUGACAACCUAGCCUCUCAAGAAGAAGACAGUCCUUGGUUCUCCAUUUUUCCAAUUGACAAUGAGGAGCUGGUGUACGGACGCUGGGAAGACAACAUUAUCUGGGAUGACCAGGAGAUGGAUCACAUGCUUACGCCGCCUGUUCUUACUCUUGAUCCCAAUGAUGAGAACAUUAUUCUAGAAAUUCCUGAUGAAAAGGAGGAGACAACAUCCCACUCCCCAUCCAAAGAGAACAAGAAGGAAACUGCAAUCAAAAAGAGCCGCAUCCUGCUCGGGAAGACUGGGGUGAUAAAAGAUGAACCACAGCAGAACAUGUCCCAGCCUGAAAUAAAGGAUCCCUGGAACCUCUCCAAUGAUGAAUUCUACUACCCUAAACAGCAGGGCCUGAGGGGCACAUUUGGUGGCAAUAUCAUUCAGCAUUCCAUCCCAGCUUUGGAGCUGAGACAACCCUUCUUCCCCACUCACAUGGGACCCAUGAAACUGCGACAGUUCCAUCGACCAGCUCUGAAGAAGUAUUCAUUUGGGGCUUUGGCUCAGCCGGGACCCCACCCAGUCCAACCGUUGCUCAAACACAUAAAGAAGAAGGCCAAGAUGAGAGAGCAGGAGAGGCAGGCAUCAGGAGGAGGAGACAUGUUCUUCAUGCGAACCCCUCAGGACUUGACAGGCAAAGAUGGAGAUCUGAUUUUGGCAGAGUACAGUGAAGAAUACCCUCCACUCAUUAUGCAAGUGGGCAUGGCCACAAAGAUAAAGAACUACUACAAACGUAAACCUGGUAAGGAUCCUGGAGCACCAGACUGUAAAUAUGGAGAAACUGUAUACUGUCAUACGUCCCCUUUUCUUGGUUCUCUGCAUCCUGGACAGCUGUUGCAGGCAUUUGAGAACAACCUUUUCCGCACCCCAAUCUACCUACACAAGAUGCCAGAGACAGAUUUUCUGGUCUUGCGAACGAGACAUGGAUACUACGUCAGAGAGAUUGUGGAUAUUUUUGUGGUUGGCCAGGAGUGCCCCUUAUUUGAGGUCCCAGGACCCAACUCCAAACGAGCCAAUACCCACAUCAGAGACUUCCUUCAGGUCUUCAUUUAUAGGUUGUUCUGGAAGAGCAAGGAUCGACCCAGGAGGAUUCGGAUGGAGGAUAUCAAGAAAGCUUUCCCCUCUCACUCAGAGAGCAGCAUUAGGAAACGCCUAAAGCUAUGUGCUGACUUCAAACGUACAGGGAUGGACUCAAACUGGUGGGUGCUGAAGCCUGACUUCAGAUUACCAACAGAAGAAGAGAUCAGAGCCAUGGUGUCUCCAGAGCAGUGCUGCGCCUACUACAGUAUGCUGGUAGCCGAGCAGAGACUUAAGGAUGCUGGAUAUGGUGAGAAAUCCUUCUUUGCACCAGAGGAAGAGAAUGAAGAGGACUUCCAGAUGAAGAUUGAUGAUGAGGUCCGAACAGCUCCAUGGAACACGACAAGAGCCUUCAUUUCGGCCAUGAAGGGCAAAUGUCUGUUGGAAGUUACAGGUGUGGCUGAUCCCACAGGCUGCGGAGAAGGUUUCUCCUAUGUCAAAGUGCCCAACAAACCCACGCAACAGAAGGAUGACAAAGAGCCACAGCCUGCAAAGAAGACAGUGACGGGGACAGACGCUGAUCUGAGGAGACUGUCACUGAAAAAUGCCAAGCAGCUUCUACGCAAGUUUGGUGUUCCAGAAGAAGAGAUCAAGAAGCUGUCGCGCUGGGAGGUGAUCGACGUAGUGAGAACUAUGUCCACAGAGCAGGCUCGCUCAGGUGAAGGACCCAUGAGUAAGUUCGCCAGAGGAUCACGUUUCUCUGUCGCUGAACACCAGGAGCGCUACAAGGAGGAGUGUCAGAGGAUCUUUGACCUGCAGAACAAGGUGUUGGAAUCAACUGAAGUGCUCUCAACAGACACAGACAGCAGCUCUGCAGAGGACAGUGACUUUGAGGAGAUGGGAAAGAAUAUCGAGAACAUGCUGCAGAAUAAAAAGACCAGCUCCCAGCUUUCCCGAGAGAGGGAGGAACAGGAGAGGAAGGAGCUGCAGAGGAUGCUGAUGGGUGAGGAAAGCGACCGAGACAACAAAGGGCGCAAAGAGAGACGCAAAGGCUUGUCGAGCUCAUUGUCCACCGGCUCACACAAAGACGAUGACACAUCAUCUGUCACCAGCCUGAACUCCUCCGCCACAGGACGACGACUCAAAAUUUACCGUACAUUUAGAGAUGAAGAUGGGAAAGAGUACGUCCGCUGUGAAACUGUACGCAAGGCAGCAGUCAUCGAUGCCUACACAAGGAUCAGAACCACCAAAGAUGAUGAAUUCAUCCGCAAGUUUGCCCUCUUCGAUGAGCAGCACAGAGAGGAGAUGAGGAAGGAGCGCCGUCGUAUUCAGGAGCAGCUGAGGAGACUGAAACGAAACCAAGAGAAAGACAAGAUCAAGGGACCUCCAGAGAAGAAGGCCAAGAAGGUCAAGGAGAGGCCAGACCUCAAGGUAAAACUAAAGUGCGGUGCCUGUGGAGCUAUUGGGCACAUGAGGACCAACAAGUUCUGCCCGCUGUACUAUCAGACCAACGCACCACCUUCUAACCCUGUCGCAAUGACAGAGGAGCAGGAGGAAGAGCUGGAGAAGACUGUGAUCCACAACGACAACGAGGAACUGAUCAAAGUGGAGGGCACCAAGAUUGUCCUUGGCAAACAGCUCAUUGAAAGUGCUGAUGAAGUACGCAGGAAGUCUUUGGUGCUUAAGUUCCCCAAGCAACAGCUCCCACCAAAGAAGAAGAGGCGUGUUGGCAGCGCUGCACACUGUGACUACCUCAACAAACCACACAAAUCCAUCCAUCGCAGACGCACUGACCCCAUGGUGACCUUGUCUUCUGUGCUAGAAAGCAUCAUCAAUGACAUGCGUGAUCAUCCCAAUACAUACCCGUUCCACACCCCAGUCAACGCUAAGGUUGUGAAGGACUACUAUAAGAUCAUCACUCGACCCAUGGAUCUGCAGACGCUGAGGGACAACGUGCGGAAGCGGAUGUACCCGUCGAGGGAGGAGUUCCGUGAAGCAGUGGAGGUUAUUGUCAAAAACAGCGCCACCUACAACGGUGCAAAGCAUCCAAUAACACAGGUAGCACAGUCCAUGCUGGACCUGUGUGAUACUAAACUGAAAGAGAAGGAGGACAGGCUGGUGCGUCUGGAGAAAGCCAUCAAUCCCUUGUUGGACGAUGACGACCAGGUGGCCUUCUCCUUCAUCCUGGACAACAUUGUGACUCAGAAGAUGAUGGUGGUGCCUGAUUCAUGGCCAUUCCAUCAUCCUGUCAACAAAAAGUUUGUGCCAGAUUAUUACAAGGUCAUUGUCAACCCCAUGGAUCUGGAGAGCAUCCGCAAAAACAUCUCCAAGCACAAAUACCAGAACCGAGAGGUGUUCUUAUCAGACAUCGGCCUCAUCCAUACCAACAGUAUCAAGUACAACGGCCCAGACAGUCCUUACACUAAGACUGCUCUGGAAAUCGUCAAUGUGUGCAAGCAGACUUUAGCAGAGUAUGAUGAGCAUUUGACCCAGCUGGAGAAAGACAUCUCCACCGCCAAAGAGGCAGCUCUGGAUGCAGCAGACCUGGAGAGCCUGGACCCAAUGACUCCUGGACCGUACACACCACAGCCUGCUGAUCUGUUUGACAGCGGGGCCUCAGGAAGUCUGCCCCGAGAGUCCAGCAGCCUUUUCUCUGAGGGACCUCUAGUGGUUGCUCCAGAAAAGAGAGGGGGGCAGGGUCGCCACAGCAGGAGACCUGGAGAAGAAGAGUCAGAUGUGGACAUUGAAGGGUUUGAAGAGGAUGAUGAUGGCAAACCCAAGACACCUGCUCCAGCAGAGGAUGCAGAAGGAGAUCUGGAAGAUGAUGAUGACGACGAGGAGAUGUUGCUGCCGCCUCGCAGACGGCUGCAUGACCAUGAGGAAGAGGACGAGGACGAGGAAGACGAGGGAGAGGAUGGGAGGUCUAACCGUCCAGCCCAGUCCAGUGUCCUGUACCAGGACUUGCUCAUGUCUGACGGAGAAGACGAUGCCAGCGAAGAGGAAGGAGACAACCCCUUCUCCUCCAUUCAUCUGUCGGAGAGCGGCAGCGAUUCGGACAGGGAGGUGGAUAUACGGCCUCCACCUCCACGGAGAGCUCAAGAGACGGCCCGCAUGGGUAUGGAGCAGGACGAGAGCAUGAUGUCGUAUGAAGGGGACGGACCGGACGAGCCACACAUGGAGGACAGCAAUGUCAGUUAUGGCAGCUACGAGGAGACAGAGAGCCGGAUUCAAAUGCCACCCUCAGGUAUGGGAAACGGCGACGACUACGGCAUCAGCGAGGAGGAGGAGGAAGAUGAAGAAGAUGAGGCACGGCGCAGGGGCCCGGCUGUGCUGUCCCAGGUGCAGCUCAGUGAGGAUGAGGAGAGCGAAGAGUUCAGAUCUAUCGGUGGAGACAGCGACAUUGACUCAGAUGUCUAGAGAAAUUUCCUUUUUGUAUCAAGAAAACAUUUUUUGGAACCGCAGUUUUAGAAACGAGAAAGUGACAUUUCUCAGGUAAAUAUGAUGUAAAUUGUUCUUAUUUUUGUAAAUGCUAAUAAAUAGUUUUCUGUACUGUAAAAUCUCUUGCACUUGCAGUAAAAUAUCAGCACAUUGUAAAUUUCAACUUGCUUUUUAAUUUCAAAUGACUAAUUGUGUGACAUUAUGUAUGUCUGUUGAGUUGUUUUAUACUGUUUUAAUUAGUUCAAACACACAAACCAGUCUGUUCAUGUUUACAGAAAACAGAAUAAUAAACUUACUGUCAUGUUGAAAA